CAGUGGUUGGAGCAUCCAGUCAGCAGAUCCCAGUUUUUUAAAAUUUGGGAACAGUUUUUUCCACAUUUGAAGAUAAAAAAGACUAAUUCAUUUUCUAAGUGUACAACAUGUACAACAUUGGAACGACAAUUAGAGAAAACAACAUGUGUACAAACAAGAGCCGAGUACAAAAAGCAGAAAGAUGAACAUAAUAAAAGACAAAUGCUUGAGCGAAAAUACUAUUACAGAAAAAGGGAUGCCAGUAGGAAGAACCCAGAUGCAUAUAUGUCUUUGAUAGUUGAUGGUAUGGAUCAAUCAAAGACAAAUCUACCUCAUUUCACUGGGCGCUUACCAAAGAAUAUCAAAGGAACAGAUUUAUUGAAGACACAUAUCACAGGAGUGAUCAAUCAUGGUCAUGGUGGCUUCCAUACAUAUGUUGACCUGAAUGAAUAUCCUCAUGAUCCAAAUCUUACUAUUAACGUUUUACUGAAGAUGUUGAAGAGAACUGCACAGCAACAUAUGAAUCAACUUCCUCCUGUAUUAUACAUCCAGGCAGAUAACUGCGGGAGGGAAAAUAAAAAUCGCUAUGUUAUGGCAUUUUGUGAGCUUCUGGUCACGGAAAGGAUAUUUGAUGAGGUACACUUGUCUUUCUUGUACGUUGGACACACGCAUGAAGAUGUGGAUGCGGCCUUCAGUCAUGUAGCAGAACGAUUAAGGAAGACAGAUGUUGAAAUUUUACAGGAUUUGUUUGAUUUGUUACCAAGUUCAGAAGCGAUUGAUAUUAUGUUUGACAUUAAAAGUUGGCUCUCACCAGAAAUUAAAGAACUUGUUGGUGUUAGUUCACCUUACAUUACAAUUUAG